AUGCCCAUCCUGUUGCCUUUGACUGCACAUUGCGAUGGUGCUUCUACUUUUCACGCGUCCCCGGCUAAAUCCUAUCUUGAACCACCCUUUCUUCUUCCGCCAACGUACGUCGAUGUUCUGUUUUCGACCUUUGCUUUGGGUGUUGACGAAACUCCUCCACUUUCUACUUUUAUUGACAUUUCCGCCUUUGAAGAUAGGAGUACUUUGCCUAUACUUUCGGGGUUACCGCUACUGGUGCCAAUGAAACCUUCCAAGUCAGGAGCUACUCUCCCGAGGUAUUCCAUGGGUCGUCACAACUCAGGAAGUGUCCACUUUCCCCAUCUAAUGACAAUCUUACUCCUCAGUCGAAACACCUAUCACAAGGACUGA